AACCCCGACCGACUUUCUGGCUACAGCUUUUCAAAAGAAGGAAGUCAAGAUGAAGAACCGUUUGCUUCUCUGGGGCGUCCUGGCCAUUUUUGUUAAGGCUGUUCUUGUCACAGGUGAUGAGGAAAGCACUGUCCUGGUCGACAACAAAUGCAAGUGCGUCCGCGUCACGUCCAAGAUCGUCCCUGACCCCAACAACCCCAACUGCACCAUUGUGGAGAGGAACAUCCGGAUUGUCGUUCCUCUGAACACCAGGGAGAACAUCACAGACCCCACUUCACCAUUGAGAACCAAAUUCGAGUAUAAUUUGGCUGACAUCUGUAAAAAAUGUGACCCUACCGAAGUGGAGCUGCAUCACCAGGUGUUCACCGCCAGCCAGAGCACCAUGUGUGAAGAAGACGGCUAUUCUGAGACCUGCUACACGUAUGACAGGAACAAGUGCUACUCGACUCUGGUCCCAAUUUAUCACAGGGGAGAGAUCAAGAUGGUGAAAGCAGCUCUGACCCCGGAGUCCUGCUACCCUGACUAACUCAGGGCAGCCUGCACCACGGCCAGCUCCCGAAAUGCUCUCCAUUUGGAUCUAGAAUGUUGAUAAAUUUGCUACCAAUGAAUUGGAAAACAAAGUGUACAUAUAUAUAUUUGGAUGUCCUAAAGCUUUAUCAUUCUCCUCAAGGAAAGUGAAUAAGUAACCGUAUCAUCUUUACCAGUUAACUGUUGGUCAACUGCAUGUCUGCACUCACACGCAUUGUGAUGCAACCGUUUCAUGCCUGAAAGGGUAUUCCUCUUUCAGAAGAUCGUUUCUAGCAUUUCAAAACAUAGACAAAGGGAGAAACUAAAACUAAAAAAAACUCACGAUAAACAAAAUAAAAUCUUGCAAUCACACCCCCCUUUCUUUUCCUGCCUUCGCCUUGGAGAGCCAGAGCUUUGCACGUUCCGUACUCUUCUCUUUGAAGUUUCACUGUGUAGAGGACAUGUAUGUGUGAUCAUAGGUCUGUGAUUCGCCUUUUUGAGAAAAAGAAAUAGUUGAAAACUGUGCUGUGGAGCUAUUUGUAAAAAAUAAUUUAAGAUGAGAUCAGGGAUGUUCAUAAUUUAAUGCAUGAUUAAAAAUGAUAUUUUGACAUAGCAUGCAGACUUGGCAGCAGAUGGUACAAAUUUUAUUUUUCGGUAAUGAUGUUACUGUAAGACAUUCCUAUUGGAAAUCAUCUCUUGUAACUGAAUCUAAAUAUGUGUUUCACAGUAUGUAUUCUCUAGCACAGCUGAACAAUUAAAUAGAUUUAUAAGCAUA